CAACACCAGCAACUACCACAGCUCCGGCAGAGCGAGUAUCGAACAGCAGCUGAUCCGGCAUUUGUUCGGUGCCGAUCAGCCAACCAUCAUCGUCACAGUGACAGCGAUCGUUAUUGGACUUCUGAUAGAAUUACGAAACUGUCUCACUUCCAUGACAACGCCGGGCGAUCCGUCAGCGACGACUGCACCUGACAGACCGUGCGGCAUCACCGCACUGCUCCCGAUCGGUAUGUCGUGCCGGGGCCGCGCCGAGGCCUUCGCCCGGAGCCUACAGUCGCGCCUACGGAAUCUUGGUUCGCAGGGCAGCACCGGUGACGAUGAAGAUACGGCGGACGGUAGCAGCCUUACGGCGAACGAACAGCAGAAUCACAGCGAAAACACUUGGCUUUCGGCAGCCGCCAACGAUGAACAGAGCAGCACGGUCGUAACGAGUCUACAGCCGCUGCGUAUUGUCGCGCACGAGGCCGAUUCCUUCUUCGACUUUGGCCUGGAACCGGAAAGCCCUAGCUCACCGAUCGAAGAAUGCGAGUAUACGCGACUGAUCGAGACGGCAUCGGCCACACCGACGGGAUUGCCUUCCGGGCACGGUCCAGCCUCUUCGGACGCUGAUCCGAUAACGCAGGCCCCCGAGUCCGGUUACGUUUGUUCAUCGCCCUGCUCGACACCGCAAGGAUCGGCCGCCAGUAGCCAUAGCAGUUCGUCCGACUGUCAGUUCUACGAUCCCGAUAGUUCCGAUCCGGAGCAGCAACGUUCGGCCGGUGGCUGCGUGUACUAUGAUUGUGCCGUUCCGGUCGCCGACUGUUCCCUGGCCACUACCUCAGCCGCGGCCAGCUCCGGAGUGUCAGGAGUGUCCGCACCGGAGAGUGCGAUUGAUAGCCCAUCGAAGCUUGACACAACUUCAACUACCUCAGUGGCAACCAUCAGCAAUCCUUUUGCUAGUCAGACCAAUAUCAUACACACGGCCAACGGACACAUACCGACCGGUUAUGUGGGCAGCAGCACCAUCGACAGUGACAGCUGCUCGGAGUCACUUCCCCCAUCGCAAUCGACUGAAUCCAACAUUUCGACCUUCACCGGGAUCAGUUCAAACUCGAACAGCACUCUACAGGAUGUAACGAUGGAACCACUGGAGGAUGGAACACAACCGGGACCAGUAGCUGAUAGUAGCUGCCCCACCGGGGCCGGUAUCGACGUUCCGGAUUGUGGAUCGCGGCACAUCGGAAAUGGACACGCCAUUAUGCCACGCGGUACGGUGAUCAAUGCCGACACCGAGAUCGGACUGAUGGCGUACGGGUUACAGUAUGCUGCCGACGUCGCUCAUCAGCGCAAAACGAUGAACAAUGGAGAACAGGAAGAACGUGAGCUCCGUCCCUGUGCCGCCAUCCAGAUAGCGGAAGUGGAAAAGAUCCUGCACGAUUGCACGAUCAGCCAGGAGGAGGAACGAGUCAAUGACGAGAAUGAGGAACCAAAGAAGCAGCGCGAGCGUCGGGCGACCCUUUCGUCUGGUGAUGAAGAUGAGGAAGAAACGAAACCGCAGCGCAUCCGAAGAUGUUCCUCGCUGAAAACGGGCAAAACACCUCCGGGGACACCGGGCCGCAAGAAGAUAGUUCGGUUCGCGGACGUACUCGGGCUCGAUCUGACCGACGUGCGGACGUUCAUGGACGAGGUGCCGAAGGUGCCACAGUCGGCGUACGAGGAUCUCACGAUCGCACAGGCAACGGAACAACCGAUGCCGGAGAUCAUCAGCCUAGGACCGAAGGUGGAUCGAGUGUUGGUGCCCCUGUUCCAACAGCCCGGUGCCCUACCGUGCUUUCUCGAUCGUGUGCGCGAGAAGCAGGUAAACCUGGAGAAUGCGGCCGUCACCGAUCCAAUCACGCUAACCAUCACCGGUACGGUGCGCGUCCGGAACCUCGAUUUCCACAAAUCGGUUUACGUGCGCUAUACGCUGGACAACUGGCGCAGCUACUCCGAUCUGCAGGCCACGUAUGCGGAGAACUCGUGCGAUGGCUUUUCGGACAAGUUCACCUUCACGCUGCACGGCAACUCGGUGCAGGUGGGACAACGCAUCGAGAUGGCGAUCCGGUUUCAUUGCCGGGGUGAACAGUUUUGGGACAGCAACUACGAUACGAACUACGUCUUCCAGUGUUUGCCGAUUACGCAGCAGUUACCGAUGCGACCGAGCGUACCACUUCCGCCCUCGGUACCCCCUGCUCACAAUCCGCUCAGUCCCGAAGGUGCCUGGUGCAGCAGUUUCUACUGAGCUGGCUUCCAGGUGGAACUGCAGUACUAUCGCAGCAAAAUGGGUUGUUCGAUUUGACUGACCGGAAUCAUCGGAAUCCGAAAAAUCCGCUGACCGCAAACCAAACCAUACACAUUGGUAGAGGAAGAGAAAUCCUUCUACCGAGGGCUCUACCGAGCUGAACAGAGCGAUUGUUCAGCGAUCGUCUAGGGGCCGUAGUAUUAUUGGAAACCCUAAUUCGAUCCCCUGCCGGUCGGAUGA